AUGACAGAUAAGGAAGAAUUAAUAUUAAAAAACAUUAUGUCCAUUAAGAACAUUAGAAUUAUGAAGCCCGACAAGGGAAAUGGUGUGGUCAUAGUUGACUAUAAUGAUUACAUUUCAUACAUGAAUGCAAUGUUGUUGGGGGAUGCAUACGAGGAGGUUAGCAGAAAUGAAAUAAAUCUAGCACAUAAGAAAAUUGACAUAUUACUUAACGACAUGUUACAUCAAGGUGAAUUGGAUGAAUUGGAAUGGUCAUUUUUGCAGAAUGAAUACCCAGUUAUUAGUGGAAUUUUUGGUAUUCCAAAAAUUCAUAAAGGAUUAAGUAAUUUACAAUUUAGACCUAUAGUAGACGGCAAGCGGAGUAAGACUCAUUUCAUUAGUCAAUUUUUAGAUUACCAUUUCAAGAAGGGUAUAAACACAUUUACACAUAUUCUGAAAGAUUCCUGGGAUUUUUUAGACAAAAUAAGUACCAUCAAAUUUAACCAGGGUGACAUAUUUGUCACAAUGGAUGUUUGUAACCUCUUCACAGUUAUUCCACAUGACAAGGGGCUAGAAUGGUUGGAAGAACAGUUGUUUUAUACCAACAUAUACGACCAAAAUAAGAUUAAUGUCUUAACAAAACUAAUGGACACAGUAUUGAAGAACAAUUUUUUGUAUUUUGAAGGUGCUUAUUAUCGUCAAAUUCCUAAAUCAGUCUGUAGUGAAAAUUGUCCUGUUGGCUACAGACAUGCAUCAAGACAGGGACAGCCUAUCUGCUGUUUUGACUGUAUCCCAUGUUCAGAUGGAGAAAUUGCAAAUGAAACAGGCAUGACUAACUGUCUGAAAUGUCCUGAUGAUUACUGGACCAAUCUGCAAAAAGACAAGUGCAUCAUCAAAGCAGUGGAAUAUCUUUCUUAUGAAGAUCCUUUAGGCAUCGCUUUGGUUUCAACAAUGGCUGUCCUUCUCCUCCUGAAUUACAUUGUCUACAUCACAUUUAUUAUAUUUCGCCACACUCCUGUGGUUCGUGCAAAUAACAGGCAGCUAAGCUACCUUCUCCUCUUUGCACUUAACUUUUGCUUUCUUUCCUCUGUGAUAUUUAUUGGACAGCCUGUGAAGCUGACCUGCAUGCUAAGACAAGCCAUGUUUGGAAUCAUUUUUACUCUCUGUAUUUCAUGUGUUCUGGCAAAAACAAUUGUGGUUGUUAUCGCGUUCAGUGCUACAAAACCAAAGAGUAACUUACAGAAAUGGGUGGGAUAUAAGCUGCCAUUGUGUAUUGUGAUUUUUGGUGUACUGUUUCAGUUUAUUAUUUGCAUGACUUGGCUUAUAACAUGCCCACCAACUGUGGAAUAUAAUACAAAAACAGUAAUGGGAAAAGUGUUAAUUGAAUGCAGUGAAGGCUCACCAGCUGCAUUCUGGUGCAUGCUGGGAUACAUUGGUAUUUUAGCCAGUGUUAGUUUUGUGGUAGCCUUCAUUGCCCGGAAAUUGCCAAACACUUUUAAUGAAGCAAAAUAUAUUACAUUUAGUAUGCUUGUGUUUGUCAGUGUUUGGGUUACAUUCAUACCAGCAUACCUCAGCACAAAAGGAAAAUACAUGGUAGCCUUGGAGGUUUUUGCCAUCCUGUCAUCAAGCAUAGGAUUGUUAGCAUGUAUAUUCUUUCCUAAGUGUUAUAUCAUAAUUUUCCGUCCAGAUCAAAACACCAGAAAAAACAUUUCUACUAAAUAAGACUAAUAUUACUUGGCAUUGUAUUUAUAAAAUAAUGUGACAGGUGUUAUUAUGUUACUUAUUAGAAAUCAGGCUUUAUCAAAUUUAAUCAUUAAACAUUUGAUUUGUGAAAAAUGAAGCUAC